AUGGAACCUGUGUGUAGCGGCUCGUCCUAUAUAGGCGAGGCGGACGCGCGCGCGCGCGUCCAAUUCGAUAAGACGGCUACGAUGGCGCCCUUUAAGGACGAUAUCGUCGCUACAAUCCGCAAAGCAAACGAGGAGCUCAUCGAGAGAUUCUAG